AUGGCUCAUGGGAAUCUUGAUGACUGCCAUACCCUUUCUGGCCGCAUCCUAGGAUCAAACCAUCAGCAUCUGAAUCCUUCAAUUCGCUACGGCAUUCAAGACAAAGCCCACAAGGAAUUGGCUCAGGAAACGCAAACGCUUUGCCGUGACCUGGAGGACCUCUGCCAAGUUGUUAGUUCUGACAACGCGAACAAGCACCGACCUCCCACGCCUCCAUUAGAGGAGUUGAAGUGCGACAUAGGCAACACUUCGACAAGCGAGGCGUUUGCGCGAGGACGUGGCCAGCGCUCGGAGGACCAUUCAAAAACUAGCAUCGAAAAUACCAAGUUGGCCAAAAUUCUACGUUGCUGGGAGGAACGGAAUAGAGAGGUUAUGCAACUAAAUAGGAGCUUGGAACUUGCAUACAAAAAAAUAGCUGAAUUGAGUAAUGUCAAGUCCGAUGCAAACUCCAAAGGACCACUGCAGUCAUCACGAGCUGACGGGCCAAAGGCAGGUCGUGCAGACGUCUCCGCAGACCUCCGCUACAUGCCAGAGGGCAGUGGCUUGACAACGACCCAAAAGGGGCUGCUACUUUCACUUGCGAGCGAUGCAGAGUCAUCGGAUGAAUCUGAACCCGAGGAACCGGCCCCUGGGGAUUUUGUAACUCGCACAAACUAUUCAACUUUGAUGGCUAAGGGCGAAAGACAACGUGGGGAAGAUGAAGAGAAGUCCACAUUUUUUUAUGCUACCCCUUAUGCCAAUGAGGGCAAGCCGGUAAGUGAGCAAGGCGUAAAGUUGAAGGUUGGAAGCUCACAUAAUCGCCUAGGUGACGUGCAAAGGACUCAGUUGCCUGUGGUUGUCGACUUAGUACUGUCCAUUGGGUGUGACGCUGGGGGAACUAAGUCUGCUGACUCCAUCGGACGGCUCUAA